CAGUGCGGAGACACACACCCUCCUCUAGCUGACUCUAGGCAACUGAGAAAAUACAGGUCACUCCAGCAGAUGGGGAUUCCUCUGCACGUGAUUGUAUUUCAGCUCCUGUAGAGAAAAGUGAAUAUUAGGAGAGUUGGAUUGAUGCAGCUGGGCGAUCCGUUUGCCUGGCUCCUGCUUUGCAAACAUACAGCCGUCAUCUCUUUUGGGUUUCCUUCCUCCUUAACCAUGGACUACAGCCUCCAGGGAACGGAGAUCACAGAUGUAUGAUCAGGAUCCAGCAGAUGCAGAAAUGGAAGAUUAACAGAUACUCAGUGAAAGUACAAGCGAGCUGCCUAACAGAUGCCGUCUUGCUCCCAUGAUGGAUGUGCCUAGCAUCAAAGACUUCCAGUGGAAAACUCUGGCACCUCUGCCCAGCCGGAGGGUCUAUUGCUCGCUGGUGGAGGCUGGUGGUCAGGUCUAUGCCAUUGGGGGCUGUGAUGACAAUGGUGUCCCAAUGGACUGUUUUGAGGUGUACUCCCCUGAAGCCAACCAAUGGAAUUCUCUCCCCCCAAUGCCUACAGCCAGGGCUGGGGUAGCUGUAGCAACACUGGGCAAGAGGAUAAUGGUGAUUGGGGGUGUUGGUGCCAACCAGACACCCUUGAAGAUUGUGGAGAUGUACAACAUAGACGAGGGCAAAUGGAAGAAAAGGAACUCCUUGCGGGAAGCCUCGAUGGGGAUCUCUGUGACGGCGAAAGACUAUAGAAUCUACGCAGCUGGCGGAAUGGGAGGAGACCUUCGCCCUCACAAUUACAUGCAGCAUUACGACAUGCUCAAGGACAUCUGGGUGUCGCUGGCAACCAUGCCCACACCCAGGUAUGCCGCAACUUCCUUCCUACGGGGCACAAAGAUCUAUGUGCUGGGAGGAAGGCAAUCCAAAUAUGCCGUGAAUGCCUUUGAAGUCUUUGACAUCGAGACCAGGUCAUGGACCAAAUUCCCCAACAUCCCCAGCAAACGAGCUUUCUCCAGCUUCGUGUGUGCAGAGAACAACAUCUUCAGCCUGGGGGGGUUGCGGCAGGGCAGGCUCUACCGUCAGCCCAAGUUUAUGAAGAACGUGGAUGUGUUUGACAUUGAACAGGGGGGCUGGAUGAAGAUUGAGCGCUCAUUCUUUCUGAAGAAACGACGGGCAGAUUUCAUAUCCGGCUACUUGAAAGGAAGAAUUGUCAUAGCUGGAGGCCUAGGAAACCAACCAACUGUACUGGAAUCAGCUGAGGCCUUUCAUCCUGGAAAAAACAAAUGGGAGAGCCUUCCACCUAUGCCCACCCCACGAUGUGCCUGCUCUAACAUUGUGGUAAAAAACUGUCUUCUGGCUGUAGGUGGAGUGAAUCAGGGCCUGAGUGAUGCAGUGGAAGCUCUGUGUGUCUCUGACUCCUAGGCAGCCUGUCUCCAGAUGCCACAGCAAGCACCCAAGAAAGCGAUUAGCCUGCAGUUUUGAGCGGUGGGCCUACACCAUCCCUCUCACUCACUACUAUGCUGCUUUCCUGUAACUCCCUUCACUGUGUGUUUUGGAGAAGGUAGUUUCUUCAGGCAGCUGCACAAUUUCAUGGCUCUGGUGGCUAGCAGAGGCCCUGUGGCAAUGUCAUUCUUGCAAGCUCUGUCGAGCUCCACCACCUGAUGAAUCUAUGGUC